UGUUAAUAUUUUAUUGCAUUAAGUAAAAGCUUAUAUAGUAUCACAUUCCAAUACUCCUGUAACAUUUACACAACAGUCUUUAUCUCAUUUUCGGCAUUCUCUUUUCCCUUCUUUUUUUUUCCCUCUCUCUCUUUCUCUAUGAUUACUGUUGUUCAGUCAUUUGUAAGAAACUCUACAAAUACAAUCAUCAUACCAAAGCAACUUGUGAGUUUCAUAUGUGUCUUUAUUAUAGCAAAGACACCGACUUAUCUGCUGGUCGGAUUUAUUGUAGGCUAUAUGAUGCUUAUAAAGAAAGAAAAACUUGUAUAUACAAAUCACAAGAAUGAAGACACAAUGGAAUUUGAAAGUCUGCUACAAUUCCCUUCUUGUCCAACCACAUUGCCUCAACUGGACAAUAGCUUUUAUUUCAAGAGGGACGAUCAAAUCCAAAGUAGACCAAUUAUUCAAAAAGACCAAAUUACACAGCAAGACAAAGAAAGAGAUAAAGAAUUACAGAAAACCUGUCAUUCACUGUAUGUACCUCCUAUUUCUGUUUCACUAGAGGCAAAUCCUGCAGCAACAACACUUGUUGAAAACAAUGAUCAGCCACCUGCUGUAUUAGUUGUGACCAAUAUUAUAGAAACAAGCCCGGUAGUUCAAAAGCAAGAUUUGUUUGGCAUAGAUAUUGAAGAGUUGCUACUUAUGCCUCCACCGCCACCAAUCCCUUCUAAACAUUCACUGUCAAGUCCUGGUCAACUGUUUAAAAGCAAAUUCCAAAAAGCAGUCAGCCGAAUGAAAAAACAGCAUUAUUCAGGAGGCACAAGAAAGACGAUCCAAGAUAAACGAUUUAGUUCUCUUAGUGACAAUACAACCACGUCUUUUCAAAUCAUCAGUACUUCUUCCUGCUCCUCUUCUUCCUCCUCUUCUUCUUCCUUUAUGUAUCCGGUAUCACCAAAACCUUCUGCUUCCAGUCGUGUACACGAUCAUUUAAAAGGGAAAUUAAAUAAAUUAUUCAAAAAGUAAAGUUUAAUUGACCUUCAUUCAUACUUAUUUUGGGAUCCAAAAUUAUUUGCUUUACACUUGGAUCAGGCUUUGAGCUCCUUUAUCCAUGAUAAUUAUAGGCCAAGAGAGACAGCCAUUAUAGUGAGGCAAAUGUAUAAACAAGACUUACGUCUGCCAUGUCAAUCAUUUUGCUUGUCAAACGUACCACAAUAGUAGCACAACAAAGCCAUACCGUACAAAUCAGACUGUACUUUGGCGGAUAUAUUGGUUGCUUUGUUUAAAUUACAAUUAACCUAGAAAUGUCUUUGACGAAAAGGCUAAACAUUCCCCUUGAAGCUUAACCUACAAAUUACAAUAUAAAAAAAUGCUCAAGAUACUUUUGUGCAGUGUCAUAUGACAGUGUUUAGGUUGUAUAGACAAUACUAUUGCUCAAUGUGCUUGCAUUUACGAUAAGAAUAGU